AUGAAUUAAUACAAACUGGUUGGCAAAAAGGGAGAAGGAACAUUCUCAGAAGUGAUCAAAUCACAAUCAUUCAAAACUGGAAAUUAUGUUGCAAUUAAAUGCAUGAAAAAUAAAUUCACAUCCAUCGAACAAGUUAAUCAUUUACGAGAGAUACAGGCCUUAAGAAAGCUAAGUCCUCACGAUCACAUUAUAAAGUUGAUUGAAGUUCUUUAUGAUGAACCCACAGGGCGUUUGGCUUUGGUGUUCGAGUUGAUGGAACAGAAUUUGUAUGAACAUAUUAAAGGCAGGAGAUAACCUUUGAAUCCUUAAAAAGUUAAAUCUUUUAUGUACUAACUGCUAAAAUCUAUUGAACAUAUGCACAGAAAUGGCAUCUUUCACAGAGACAUUAAACCUGAAAACAUUCUGCUAAACUCAGAUCAUCUCAAACUUGCCGAUUUUGGAUCAUGCAAAGGAAUCUACUCCAAACAUCCCUAUACUGAAUAUAUCUCUACUAGAUGGUACAGAGCCCCCGAAUGCUUAUUGACAGAUGGCUAUUACGAUCAUAAAAUGGAUCUCUGGGGAGUAGGAUGUGUCAUGUUUGAAAUCAUCGCUUUAUUUCCACUCUUCCCAGGAACCAAUGAAUUAGAUCAAGUCAACAAAAUACACAACAUCCUGGGAACUCCCAGCCAAAAAGUUUUCGAUAGAUUUAGAAAACAAGCAACUCAUAUGGAAAUCAAUUUCCCACCUAAACAUGGCAGUGGCAUUGAUAGGUUGUUGUAAGGUUAAAGCAAGGAGUGCAUUGAUCUAAUUAAAUUAUUGCUUAUUUAUGACCCUGAGGAAAGAAUCAAUGCCCAACAAGCCAUAAGACAUGAAUAUUUCAGAGAAUUAUAUGAGGCUGAUACUUAAAAGAGCUUUUAGCAUACUUUACAAUAAAUCAGAAUAUCGAAUCACAGAGAGCAGAAUGACAACUCUUUGGAAAGGAGCCAGAGAAUAGAAGAAAGUAAAUAACAACAUUAGAUGAAUUUCAAGAAAACUCAAAAUUACUAUGCGAAAUCUUAGAAGAAGUCAGGAUUACCCUCUUUGUAGUUUGAUUUGAGAGUUGAGAGCAUCUAUAAAAAUACUUAACAUCAUGACAGUGAUGAUGAUCUUGAGAAAUAGUCAUCUCAUAAAUAAAUGAUGCUCCCAUAGAUUCCAAAAUCUAAAAAAUAUGAUCCUAAAAAAAUAUAUGGCAAAUAAUAAUACGGAUCAUCAAAUUAGCCAUAUUAGUUCAAUUCCAAAGGAAAAAAAGUGACUCAUGGCUUGUAAGGUGAUUACAUAGUUUUGGGAAAGAAAGCAAUGAAUUAAUGAUAUAUUUUAAGUUUUUAGUUGACUG